UAAAGGAUCGUGCCUGAACAGAUCGGGGCCCAGAGCUGUCGAACGAGAUGGAACGCGGAGCUUGGUGGCGGCGGGCGAAUAGGGAGAUAAUACGGUAGAGAUUCUACAACAGUGUCUUUGUAAUUGCACCUAUCUGCGACGUGCGGCGAAAAGUGAAAAGGCGAAGGAACGGCCGUGGCUGCUGCCUCCGGAUACGGCCUCUCUUCAACACCCUCAGAGUUGGUAUGUGAAAUAUUUGAAGUACAAUAUUUUGGUUCAGUGUGUGGUGGCAAUGGCUGAGCAAAUAGUGAAGGAAGAAAUAAUCAAAGUUUCCAUGUUCCAGGGAGAUUCCCACAGUGUCUGGAGAGCUCCUCGCAAUACACCAGUCAUCACCAUCUCUGAUGAUUCUGAUUCAGAUGAUGAGCCAUCACUUGUGCCCAGUAAAGAUCGAUUGACAGAAAAUCAAGAUGUUGUGCUAAUUGAGACACCAGUGAGACAAAUCCGACCACCUAUCAUCAUCCAGCCUGCAUCUGAAUGGCAGAAAGUUCAACAGAGAGAUCAACCUAUGAAAAACCAGGGAGCUAAUGGAAACUUGCAUGAGGAAGAGAACUGCAUCAUCGUGACACCGCAUAAACAAAUGGUUGAGCCAGAUAUUGGGGCUCGAGCAGAACCAGAUGCAACUCGUCCUCAGCCAGCCAAAGAUGUGGAGGCUGCCUUAGCUGCAGAGCAUCACCUUGGGCAGAAAAAUAAGGAACAAAAUGGGGUAGAUCCUGGAGCAGUUGCUGGUCCCAGUGAGCUUCCAAUUGGGGAAACAAAUGAAUUGGAACUACUGGACAUGCGACUUCACUCAGCAGCAAAGACAGUGGAAGUAGAGCAGGAGGAAGCACAAGUGAAUUUGGUGGCAGACCAAGAUCCUGUGUUACCUCAGCCAGAUGUUGUGCAGGAAGCUGUCAGAGAAGAGGUUCAGCCAAUUGCUAAUGAUCCAAUUGUGCAAGAACAGCAGAGGGAAGAUGAACUGGAUAAUAUAAUACUGGAUUUGGAAAACCUUGAGGAUGCUGCUGGAGAAGGCAAUGAACUCUUAAGGUCACUAGUGAAAGAAACAGUGAAUUUGUUUCCUGAAAUAGAAGAACAAUUUGUUGAAGAGCUGAUUACUACACAUGAGAUCUGGGAUUUAAAUGUCUUGUGUAACCAUCUCUUAGAAAAUCCUGAUUAUCCGAAGAAAAGUUUAAUUUUCACACACAACAGCAGUUUGCUUGAAAGUAAUGAAGAGAAACCCAAGAUCGAUUUCUUUGAUUUCUCAAAGCUUGCACCUGUAAACCAGCAAUGUUUUCUUCAGGCUUCUGACCUCCUCAUGGCAGAUUUCAAAAUGCUCAACAGUCAAGAUAUCAAAUGGGCUUUACAUGAGCUCAAGGGACACUAUGCAAUCACCCGCAAGGCCUUAUCAGAUGCUAUUAAGAAAUGGCAGGAAAACUCACCACAAUCUAGUCAGAAAAAGACAAGGCGAAAAGAAAUGAACUCGUCUAAUUCAAUCAGUUUCAAAUUUGAACAAGGUGCCUUUAAAAUAGAGAGACAGAUGCGCUUUCUGGAAAACAAAAGACGACAUUGGCGAUCAUAUGAGCAGGAUGGCCUUCAUCCACUAGUGCGACAAGAGCUGGAGUUCUUCCAUCAGAAGAUGAAAGAGAUGGAAGAGUAUGCAGAUUUUCAAUUUGCUAUGCAAAUGAAUGAAGAACAAUAUCAGAAGGAUGGACAGCUGAUUGAAUGUGGCUGCUGUUACGGGGAAUUUGCCUUUGAGGAGUUGACGCAAUGCAGUGAUGGUCAUCUCUUUUGUAAAGAAUGCCUCGUGAGAUAUGCACAGGAAGCUGUGUUUGGAGCUGGCAAGUCCCAGCUGAGCUGUAUGGAUAGCUGCUGUACCUGCACAUUCCUCAACGGUGAGCUGGAGAAAGUAUUGCCAGAGAACAUACUAUGCAAAUACUAUGAGCGUCAAGCAGAGGAGGCGGUUGCUACUGCCUGUGCUGAUGAACUUGUACGAUGUCCAUUCUGCAACUUCCCUGCACUACUGGACAAAGAAAUAAAUAUGUUCAGCUGUCCCAACCCUCGCUGUAGAAAGGGAAUAAUGACAAGCAAAAAAAAGUCUGUACAUGCUCGAACAAGUGCUGGAAGAGCACUUCCAGGUUUUCGUGAUUCGCGGUUGGUUGAAUUCGCACAUGCGGAAUUCGCGGAUAAGGAGGGCGGACUGUACGUAGUAAUAAAACUACAAAUUAGAGAAAGUUGCAGAAAGUGUCAGGUGUUGUGGAAAGACCAUGCUGGACUGUCGUGCGAUCAAGUAGUUGAGAAGGAUGAAAUCAAGUUCAGGACAUCAUUCGAAGAGAAAAUGACAGCAGCAGCAAUCAGGAAAUGUCACAGAUGUACGAUGGGCCUCAUAAAAUCGGAAGGAUGCAACAGGAUGUCUUGUCGUUGUGGGGCCCAGAUCUGCUACCUCUGCCGAGCUCCAAUAAAUGGCUAUGACCAUUUCUGUCAACACCCACGGUCGCCAGGUGCACCUUGUCGUUUGUGCAAAAGAUGCUCUUUGUGGACGGAUCCUAAGGAUGAUGAUGAGAGACUAAUCCGAGAGAUUCAAAGUGAAGCUGAGAAUGAACAAAAAAAGAGGAUUGGAGAGCAAGGCGUGAAAAGAAUUGGGCCUCCACCAGAUGAUCCUCCUUCAAAGAACGCAAGAGUUGAAGAGCGGGGUCAACCAAUGCAUCAAGGAGUGAAUUUUAAUCGUAAUGACCUUCCAAGGCCAGCACCAAUGAUUCCUGAAUAUCCCCCUAUCCCAGCAGUGCCCCCCCAUCUCCAGGUCCCAUUUCCCCCUGCCCCCUAUUUUCAUUUCUUUGAUGCUUUGCAGCAUAUUAAUUUUGAGCAGGACUACCCUAUGCACUUUGGUCCACAGCCCUACCAUCGCCAUCGUCAUCGUCAUCGCCAUCAUCCUCAAGGGCUUCCACACCCACACCAUCACCAUCACCAUCCUCCGCACCAUCAACAUGACAGACCCCAUGGACAACCAAAUGUGCCACCAGUUUAUCAGCCACCACAGAACCGUGUUUUGUUUAACUUUAUACCACAGCCACAGCAACAUAACCUUUAAUAACUAGCAUUGCCCCUGUAAAUUUUAUUUUGAGCCAAAGAGACCUUUGGUGUUCGUUGUUUGGUGAAUGUAUAAAUGACUGGCUGCAGAUUUGCUGUAAAUAUGAUUAAAUAAACCAUGUUUUUCCACUUGCAGUAGACAAAGAUUUUUGUUCUGUUUGCUGUAUAAAUGGGUGGUUCUGAAUUUAAUUCUGAGACCUGUUUGCUCCAGCUAGACUCUAAAGGUCAUAUGAGCAACAAUGUGAAGUUGUUUAUAAUUAGAGUAUUCCCUCUAGAACACGGUUCCCAACCUGGGGUCCACAGGCCCCUCGGUUAACGGUAGGAGGUCCAUGGCAUAAGAAAGGUUGGGAAUCCGUGCUCUAGAGUGAUCCAAACAGAAGUGCAAUGUGCAUAUCCUAUGCUUGCUUUAGUUCAGUGGCUUUUGCAGUUGCACCUUCUGUAAAUGCCUGUAAGAAAAUGAAUCUUAAGGUAGUAUAUGGUGACAUAUAUGUACUUUGGUAAUAAAUUUACAUUGAACUUUGAACUUAUCAUUUUGGGCUGAACUAAUACCGAAACCUAGGCACAGAUUACACACCUAUCUGGCGUCAUACAUAUAGCAUGCUGAGAAAUAACCAACAAACGUGCACUGUGCAGAUUCACCAUUGACGGCAAGUUCAAAGUAAAUUUAUUAUCAAACUGCAUAUAUGCAAAACUUUCAAAAAUUCUAGAUGACAUACUGAACCUUUGCAAACUUCUAAGAAAGUACAGGCACUGCUGUAUACACAGUUGAAUGGUAUGACCUCCUUGAUGGUUCAGUGAUUUCAGGUAUACACAGAUCACGAAUUACAUAUCCUUUACAGACAGUUUCGGAAAGGUUGCAAUGGGACAUUGCAUUCACUUAGUAUUCACUUCGUAUUACUAAGGUUUAUGUUGCCAUUUUAAUUUGUAAGCAAUGACUAAUGUUUCUCAACCACAGUAUUAAAUCAGAUUACUCAAUUAUCUCAUUGUUUAUAUUCAAAUCAGCUGAAUCUCUAUCCGAAUUUGGUUUAUUAUCGCUGGCAUAUGUCGUGAAGUUUGUUGUUUUGGAGCAGUACAGUGCAAUAAGUAAAAUAUACUAUAAAAUUACAAUCAGAAAUGUAUAUAAAAACUCAAAUAAGUGGUGCAAAAAGAAAGUAAAAAUGGCAAGGUAGUGUUCGUGGGUUAAUUGAUUAUUCAGAAAUCUGAUGGUAUAGGGGAUGAAGCUGUUUCUAAAACAUUGAGUAUAUGUCUUCAUGCUCCUGUAUUUUUCCCAAUUGUAGUAAUGUGAAGAGGCCAUGUCCAGGGUUGUGGAGGUUCUUAAUGAUGGAUGCUAUCUUUUUAAGGCAUUGCCUUGUGUUGCGUUCCCUGUAAUACUACAAAACAGCACUUUAAAAUACUUAAUUGGAUUCAAUGUUUUGAACACCCUGAGGUAGUUCUUCCCAAGUUAGAUAGGUCAGAGAAGAUAUAUCAUGAACUUUUAUUGUGUAUCUCAAUGUCAGAAUGCUUACAACCACCAUAGUCUGACCACUGCUGUAAUAAAGUAAAAGCAACAGCCAAUUUGAGUAUACUGAGGCCCUACAACCACCAACAAGAUGGUGACUCAUUUUCUUUUUUUAAAUACUUCAUUUUCAAAAUAUCCCAAAAAAAAACAAUGAAAUCAACAAGAACUCAAUUUCUUUAGUAAAACUUUUUGAAGGAUUUAUUUUACCCAGGCAUUCGGGUAAAUUCCUUUGCUCUUCCAGUAGAGAGAGAUUUUGCAUCCAUCUUACAGGAGGAACAGUUUUUGUAGAAUUAUUUCUCUGCCCAUUCUUUACAUUCUGCACUUUAUUGUAUUUGCUGAAUAAUUAUGAAAAGAAAGGAGCAACAGGUAUGAAUUUUUCUUUGCAAGUGGGUUACUCUUGAUCUGACCAUUUGAUCGACACCAUUUUUCCAACACAAUGUACUCACGAGGUUCUUUAGUGCAAUAAAAGUAAAUAAGUUCCCUGA